AUGACGAAGCAAUCCAACGGGGAUUCGACAGCGGCCUUUCACUUUAGCGAAACUGAAGGCGUCGAGCACAUCCUCCCAGACGACUGCGUUUUCAUUGCCGGUGGAGGCCCAGUGGGCUUAACAUUGGCUGCCACAUUGUCCUACUACGGCAUCAAGUCGGUUAUUCUUGAACGGAACGAGACAACGACAAGAUGGCCAAAAAUGGAUCUGACGAACUCUCGGUCUAUGGAAUAUUUUCGAAAGCUAGGACUGGUAGAUUCGCUCCGUGAACAAGGUGUGCCUUCAAAUAUGCCCUAUCGCAGUCUUUUCACCACUGGCGUCCAUGGUAAGCUAGUGACACAGUGGGACUUUGGCACUGUCGACGAAUGGCGUCAGAGGAUACGGGAGCAGAACGAUGGGGAACAGCCUCUGGAGCCGUGGCUGAGGCUAUCACAAAUCAUCUUCGAAGCCUGGUUGAGAGAAAUCAACGACAAGGACCCUUUAAUUGACCUCCGCUUCGGGUGGAAGGUGGAAACCACUCGAGAAACCGACGAAGGAAUUAUAGCGACCGCCACAGACAAGGAUGGAAAGACCCACACGUUUAAAGCCAAGUAUGGAGUCGGGUGUGAUGGUGGCUCCAGCAGAGUCCGUCGAGGGCUUGGAAUUCCAGUCGUUGGAGGACCAUCGCCAGGAUACUCCAUCCUCGUACACUUCACGUCGAAUGACACCAGGGCAUUGCAUAGCCAUGGCAUAUUCUGGCAUAAUUAUGUCAUCUCCAAGGACGGUUUUAUCGGUGCCUUCAUUUCCCAGGACGAGAACGACACCUGGACCAUCCACUCCCACUACCCCGUUGGCAUGGAUACGGACCACGUAACUCCAGAAGAAGCUAUCUCCCGGAUUUCGAGCGGCAAUGGAGAGCCUUUGUGGAUUGAUGUCGACAAAAUCUUGGUUCGUUCCACCUAUCGACCUAACCUUGUCGUGGCGACCCAGUAUAUGGGUCCUAAGCGCCGCCUUUUCCUAGCUGGGGAUUCAGCACAUCAGAAUGUUCCCACCGGGGGCUAUGGGAUGAACAUGGGCUUAGGAGAUGCUUUUACGCUCGCAACCAAGCUGGAAGGUGUGAUCCAUGGCUAUGGGGGCAUCCAUCUCCUGGAUUCAUAUCAGCAGGAAAGACGAGAGGUCGCCCUGAUGAGUGUCGAGCGUGCGGGCUAUCACCUAAAGAUACACCAGAAGAUGAACGAGAUGCUGGCGAAAAACGGUCCCGAGCACCUCGAUGAGGAUUCAGAAAAGGGCGAGGAGGUUAGGAGGAAGAUCCAUGAGCACUAUCAGACCCACAAUGGCGAGAAUCUGGACGUCGGGGUCGAGUAUGGAUACCUUUACCACUCCAAGGUGAUCAUUCCUGAGGAUCCUGCGGCAGAGCCAAAGUUCGAUCCUAGGAGAUAUGUCCCGUCGACUUGGCCGGGACUGCGUGCUCCUCAUAUCUUCCUGCGAGAUGGGACAGCCAUAUUUGACCUCUAUGGCAUGCAUUACACUCUGGUUCACUUCGCAGACGGAGGCAACCAUGGCGCCAACUUCCUAGUCACGAGCGCAGAGGAGCACAAAGUCCCGCUCAAGCAUCUCGAGUUGCGAGGGGAAGACCACGCGCGGAAAGUGUGGCAGAAGGAUCUUGUCCUUGUUCGACCAGACGGCCAUGUUGCAUGGAGAGGAGAUUCGAUCAACACCAAGGCCGAUGCUGUGUACAUUAUCGAAGUUGCUGUUGGACUUCGCAGCGUGGAGAACGGACCCCCUUUGGAGACUGAUCUUGAAAAAGAGAAGCAACGCCAACCCUACUCAGGGACGAACGAACUCUUUGUGCAAUAUCCAGACUAUAAGUUAGCCAAGAAGGGAGAAUUUCAAUAA